AUGAACAUAGCGGCACACGCGACUUCUCUUAUUAUUAUUUCCCUUGUUUCCAUCGCCACCGUUCUUCGUAGAUUUCCAACUUUUAUUGCUUCUAUUGCUAUUGUCGUUGUUAUUAUUAUUCCUAUUAUUUUAACGAUUACGGAGGGUACGUCUAAUAGCCGAACGUCUGAAGUGCGCAGUCUUCCAUCGACGUUACGUUACUCCAGGAGACAUUUAUAUAGAGCUUCAAUAAAUUGCCGCCUGGAAAAUGUUCAAGUUUUAUCUCCGAAACCUGACGGCCGUACUAGCGUGAAAAGUGGCGUUUUGAACAUUUUUAACGAAAAACUCUCUGAUGAAUUGAGAAAAAAUAAUGUUGAAAAUGACGUCAUCAGACGAACACUUGAUCUAAAUUCUGGCUUCAAGAGUGACAUCUACCACAACAGCUUGAUCUGUGGCGACACCUGCAUCAGUGUUUGUACGCUUGAAACUAACAACAAAACUAAAAACUUCUUUAGCAACUCCGACAACAUCGCCAUAAGUUACUUCAACAUAAAUCGCAUCGACAAUAACAACAGCAAAAACAACAGCAUUACUACCUAUAAAAACAUCAACAACAAAACCCUUAGAAUUAUUAUCUGUAGUAGUGCCAAUAGAGAAACAGCAAAAUACAACUCCGACAUACCAGCAAGAAAUAAAAUUUUUAGAAACACGAACUUCUUCAACAAACAAAGGAAACAUGAACACCGGACACAACUCCUCAACCAACCAACAGAUAAGAAGCAACCAGCAACUGACCAACAUCAUCAAGAAAGCAUAAACCUCCAUCAAAAUGAUCUAUUGAAAACGUCAUCAUCGAGAAACAUUUUUAAACGUUCUUUGGAGUACAACGACAUCAACAAUUUUAAUAACAUCCCAAACUAUGACAACAACAACAAUAAUAACCACAGCAACCAAAACAUCAACAACAACAAUAACAACAUCCUCAACAACAACAACAACAGCCAUAACACCGUAAACAACAAAAAUGACGUUAACAACCAGAUUAUUAACUCCGCCGUUGAAAAAACGUCAGCCAAUCAGAAUAAUGACGGCAAAAAAAUUAAUUUGAAAAAAGACAGAGCAAAUUAUUUUUUACAAAAUCGCAAAGAACAGCCAAUUCAAAAUUUCAAAUUAACCACUCUAGCAUAUGAACAACAACCAUAUUAUCAUUACUAUUACGAACAACAACGCAAACAACAAAAAACUCCACACCAACAAUACUACCAACAACUUCUACAACGACAACAACUGCAACUUCAUCAGCAGCAACAACAUCAGCUGCAAAAUCAACAGCUACAACUCAAGCAACCUCAACCAAUUCAAGCAACGUCAACUUCGCAACCACAGCCACCACAGCCACCACAGCCAUCACAGCCACCACAGCCACCACAGCCACCACAGCCACCAACGUCAUCGCCCUCUCCUCAGAAAAUAUCCUCAGCUUCCCAUAAGAAACACGUGAUCUACGCCACGAUAGCAUCAAUAUUGGGUGUCUUUCUCGUUAUCCUCCUCAUUCUUACUUGCAUCACAUUCCACAAAAAAUUUCCCUCCAUAAAUUUUCUUUCCAGAGACCUUGCCGUCGGAACGUCAGCGUCACCAACAGACAAAACAUCAACCGCAACCACAAAAACGUCUGAUGUAGCUGCUUCUUCAACAGCAACGAACAGAAAAAAUAAAGUAAUAAGUGCAGCUGUAGGCGCACAAAUUUUUGAAUACGAAAACAAAUACGUUGAAGAAACUAGGGAGAACAGAACGGCAAAGGAGCAAGACCAAAAUGGAAAUGAUGAUGACCAGUAUAACAACGAUGAUGACCAGAGGAAUGCAAAUAAAUGCUUUAGAGAGAUUGGCAAUCAAAAUCUGAAAAAUUAUAAAACUUUCGAGCGAUCAAACGUCGUUGAAUUUAAUAAACCUCAUCAGUCAUCCAGAAAGGAAGAAGAAGAAAAUAAAAUAAAUUCAGCAGAGAGCAAACAGUUGUUGCAACAGGCUAAACAAGUUGAAAACCAACAAAACACACAAUUAAACGUUUCUUUUGCCACAAAAAAACAAAAACUGACACAAAAUAAACAUUAUAAACAACAACAACAACAACAACAUCAACAACAACAACAACAUCAACAACAACAACUUUAUUACCAAUACCCUCAAAUGGACAAACAAAUUGAUACAUUGAAUACACCAAUAAUAACACAAAAUGCGACAUUAACAACGAAAGCUUCAACUUCAACAACUUCUGCAACGACAUCAGCAACAACACAGCAAGGUGACUUCCAAAUAAAUUUGUUUGAUCAAGUCAGAAGGUCUUCCUUGUUCAUCUUUCCGAAGAAACCAGUCAUCAGGUUGGCAUUGGUUGGCGCGCAAAUCAAAUAG